AUGGAUCUCCCUCUCAUUGGCGCCCACUGUUCUUUGAGCUCGUGUAACGAAUUGGACCUCCUUCCAAUACGAUGUCUCUGCGACAAGCAAUACUGCAGGAAACACUUCCUUCCUGAUGACCAUGCCUGUCCUAUCAAUCUUACUGCCACACCGCAACCAGCCCUCGAUAAGCUCCAGCGGUGUGCUUCGGUCAAUUGCAAGAAACCAAGUCUAGAAGCCUUCGUGAGGAGCUCUGAUACAAACCGUGUACCUGCCUUGUGCCCUCGCUGUAAUCUCGCAUACUGUGCAUCUCACCGAGAACCUUCCUCUCACUCUUGCCCAGUGCCGUUGAUAGAAAAUCCUGCGAAGAAUGAGGCAGCUCAUGCUCUUCUCACAAAACACUUCCAAGUAGCGGGCAGAACUGGCUCUUCAUCAGCCUCUAAUACAGCACCCAAGAAACGUCCGACGGACCCCAAGAAAUUGGCACAACUGCAAAAGAUUGAACUGAUGCAGAUGCGCCAUCGAGCAGUGCCCGGUGACCCCAAGGACAAGCCAGACACGAUCUUGAUUGACCAACGCUUGCAUGUCAAGAUUAAGGAUGAGGUCGAUGCGAAAGGCAAGGACAGAGUAUUUUGGUUCCGCAAGACCAUUGGUGUCGGAAAAGCCCUCGAUCUCCUGACAGCACAACUCGGCAAGACCACACCAGUUCGUCCUUUCACUCCUUCUGACCCUACCAUUUGGACACAUCUUAAUCGUUUCUCCAGAGGUUACGGCUAUCGAAAGUUGCCAACAAUGGAGACGAGAUCACAACCCUACGAAACGACCUACCGCUUGCAGACCAGGUUGAUGAUGGCACCAUCCUGGUGA